GUAAUGGCAGUGGUUCGCGCGUCGCUCCUGGUGCUGUUGCCAUGGCGACGGAGGUGGGUGCCGCUCGUGCCGCAGUAGCCGCUCAGGAGCAGCGGUGUGUCGGUCAGACUUUCUGCUCCACGCGCUAUUAUCUGCUUAUAGUGAUUGGGGACAUUUCAGCGGAUCAUCAGCUGAACAAAGUCAAAGAACAAAUCAAACAGGGGCUCCGCUCAUGGGAGAUCGAUCUGACAGUGUGUGAUUUGGACAAUGAGCUGCAGCUCUUCAAAGCCAAGCAUUCAGCUCAGUUCUCUUCAGAGGUGAAAGGACAAAGAAUUCUCCAAUACAAGAGUGAUGUCCUUGAGACAGUUGUAUUAGUGAAUCCAUCCGUGGACAAUAUUGCUAUAGAGAUCAGAACACUCCUCUGUGACUCAGCUAAACACAAGUUAUUGGUCCUAAGUGGUCAGAGCACUGAACAAGGUGGUGACAUCAUCCUGAACGGUGGAGUAUUUGACUGGAAGAAUUUCUCUGACAUCAUCACAAGUGAAAGAAUUAAAAACUUCCUGAGCCAGUCAGAUCCAGGUGAGCGAGCGUGUCUGACUGUGUGUUGUGAAGGAGAGGGGGCCUGGAGCUCCCUAGGGCUCAACCAGGAGCAGAACGUGCUGGACUACAGAUUUAACCCUGACCCUGUGCUGCCUGAGAUGGAGGGUGUUACAGAGUUUACAGAUUAUGUUUCUGAGACUGUGGAUAUUGCUUCCCCAUUUGAGCUCCUGGAGCCACCCAGCUCAGGGGGAUUCCUGAAGUUGUCCAAGCCAUGCUGCUACAUCUUCCCUGGAGGCAGAGGUGACUCUGCCCUGUUUGCAGUCAAUGGCUUUAACAUUUUGAUUGAUGGUGGUUCAGACCAAAAGUCUUGCUUUUGGAAACUGGUGCGACACUUGGAUCGGAUAGAUUCUGUUCUGCUUACCCACAUUGGAGCCGACAAUCUCCCUGGGAUAAACGGACUAUUGAGGAGAAAAAUUGCAGAGCAAGAAGAGGACCAUUCUCAAGGCUCAAAUGCCUAUGGAGAAUGGAUGAAAAACCUGAUUUCACCUGAGCUUGGUGUGGUUUUCUUCAACAUUCCAGACAAGCUAAAGAUGUCAGAAUCAACUUUGAAAGUUAAAAGGAGCAUUGAGGAGGCAUCUCUUACAUUGCAGUACCUCAGCAAACUGGGCAUUAAACCUGAGCCCCUGUAUCGAGUUGUUAGCAACACAAUUGAGCCUGUCACCCUUUUUCACAAACUGGGUGUUGGCAGAUUAGAUAUGUACAUUCUAAAUCCAGUCAAAGACAGUAAAGAAAUGCAAUUUUUCAUGCAGAAGUGGGCAGGUAACAGUAAGGCUAAGACUGGCAUCACCUUGGCCAAUGGAAAAGAGGGAGAAAUUUCUGUUCCGUACCUUACAUCAAUAACGGCCCUUGUUGUCUGGGUUCCAGCCAGCACUACUGAAAAGAUAGUGAGGGUAUUGUUUCCUGGAAAUGCACCACAGAACAAAAUUUUUGAGGGACUGGAAAAGCUAAGACAUCUUGACUUCUUGCGUUAUCCAGUUGCUACUCAAAAAGACAUAUCAUCUGGAGGGUCCCCUUCAGCGAUUAAACAAACCAAACUUAAGCCAAGGACUGAUAGCAAGGAAAGCCUCAAAUCUUCACCCAAAAUACCUGCCACUACUAAAGCAAGCAAGAAAGAGGCAAAUGAGGACAUUGAAUCAAAAAGCGACUCAGUAAAGGAGACUAAAAUGGAAAAGAAGACAAAUAAAUUGCAAGAGAGCAUUAAACCUCCUAAACCAGUGAAAGCCAGUGCAGAUACCACUGAUACAGCAACGCAAGAGAAAAAGAAGUUGUUAAGAGAGAAAUCUCCUAAGAAACAUGUCAAGACAUCUAAAAUGGAGGAAAAGAAGGAUAAAGAAAAGAAACAAAUAAAGAAAGAAAAGAAAGAAAUAAAAAAGCAAGAAUCUGUUAAGAAAGAUGACAAUAAGGAAUCCAAAAUGAAGGAAGAAAAGAAGACAGAUUCAAGUAAGCCAGAAUUAAGAAAAAUCACCAAACCUGACUUAAAACCCUUUACCCCUGAGGUCAAAAAGACUCUUAACAAAGCAAAGGUUCAGACCAAGCCGAAGACAGAAAAAACAAAAGCAAUCAAAGAGCGAGAGAACAGACCUGCUGCACGACAGGUUUCAAAAGAGAUACAGGAAAAUGACAGAUCCCUGGUCUCCUCCCCAGAAGAUCUUACCAAGGAUUUUGAAGCACUAAGACAAGAGGAACUUUCUGAGCUUGCAGAGAGCAAAGAGCUUUCAAAUCUUGAAUCUACAACUUUUCCUGACACAAAAGUCACACAUAUUGUGUCUCCAGAUGAAGGCAUACCCACUACUGACAAUGAGACUGAAUCCCCUCAUGAGGAAAAACACAUAUAUGGAGAAAAGACAAAUAAAUCCCUAACAAAAACAGCAGACAAAUUUGAGGAUGAGGGUGCUGCUACAGAAGAUGACUAUGAGGAAGAAUACAACACUGAGACCAAACCAGCUAAAAGUUCAGAUCUCACAGUUAAGGCAGAUGACAAAGAAUGCCUGGACAUAAAGAAGAAUGAAGAUCUUGAAAAGAAACACAAAAAGAGUGACAGUGAGGAAGAAGAGGAUGUUAUUGAAAAAGCUGAGCUGGAGGAAGCAGAGGAUAUAGUUCAUGAGGAAGAGUUGAAAUAUAAGACUGAGGAGGCAAAAAAAGAAAAUAUUAGUAAAGACUGGGACACCAAACAAAUUGACACUAAAACUAUCAAACCUGCUGGUGCCACUGAACACAUCUCGUUCAUCCAAGAUGAAACCAUCCCUGGAUAUUCAGAGACCGAACAGACCAUUUCUGAUGAGGAGAUCCAUGAAGAGACAGAGGACAGGAUCCCUCAUCUCCGCUAUGAUGACGUCUCCGUCCCUGAUCAACCUGACUCUUUCUUCCAUGGCGUGAAAGACAUAAAACCCCCAACCAUAUCUGUUGCACCUGAUUUAACAGCAAAAACGAGCAGUGUGGGCCAAGAGCCACCUUUAUCUACAUAUUCCACAAAUAUCAUUGCAGCACCAUUGGCUGAGGAAGAACAUAUAUCCUCAGCCACCUCCAUUACAGAGUACGAUAAAUUAUCCUCUUUUGCAGCAUCGGUUACUGAAGAUCAGUCUAUUGCAUCAGUGACAGCACCACCGACUGAGGAACUAGGAAAAAGCUCUUUACUCCUGGACAAAGAAAAUAGUAUGCAAUCAUCCAGUCGUACAGAAGGAAAAGAAUACCUACAUUCAGCUGGCACAAUCUCUCCAACAUCAUCUUUAGAAGAAGACAAAUGCUUUAAGUCACCUCCAUCAGAAGAGUUCCAACCCACUGUUCCAGAGAUGGAAACCACUGGAAAACCCACCACUCAACCACAUGAAGAUGAUGAUGAAGAUGAAGAAGAUGAAGAUGACCAGACACCCAAUGUUGACAUGCCUCUUGGAAAACUCCAUGAGGGUUAUGCAUCUGCCACAGUGCAGGAACAUCUUGAUAAAUGCCCCUCCUCAAUGGUACCUCUUUCCUCACCUGGAACACCUUCUGUCUCACAAGAAAAGGAUGAAAAAGUCCUAUCUCCAGAUGAACCCAAAACAGACGGUGCUGGGAAAACACUAUCUUUUGCACCCUGUGUCUCCAGCACACCAGAGGCAAGUGGUGCUUCAGAACUAUCAGAGAGAUGUGUAAGUCCAGAUGAUAGCACCAUGAGAAUAGCCUCACCUACACAGUCAGGCCCUACUAGCAUUGGCUAUUCACCUACUGAGGAAAAGGCACCAAAGUCUUUAUUUAUGGAGAAAGAGGACAGAAUGGACAACGACACAUAUGAUGUUCAAAUGUUAACUAAACAUGAAACAGUUGUAGACAGUGACACAGACAAAAAGACUGUUAAAAUAAAGGAGGAUGAAGGGGACCCAUUCAAAGGUGGUUUCUCUAGCACAAGGGCAACAUUUGAUGAUUCAGGUGAAGAAGAAGAUAAUGUUGAUGAAGAGGAAGAAGAAGAAGUAGUAGAAGAAGAAGAACAAGAAUAUUUUGGAAAGGGAGAUUUUAAGACCUGUGUUAAAACAAAAUACAAAGAAGAGAGAGAGAGUACAUUCCUUGAUGAAGAUGACACUUGUGAGCCACAAGCUUUACAAGAGGAAAACCUAAUUAAAAAUGAGAAACAGGAAGUGGAUAAGAAAGAUAAACCGCAAGACAUGACCAACUUGGGGAAAGAACACCAGUCCCAGAUGCUGAGCUCUGAAGAGGAGGAAGAGAGUGAAGAUGAAGAAUGCACUUACUCAAGCAUAAAGGGGCCUCAGGACAAGUUUGAUUCAGUGUCAGCAGCCUAUAGCAAAAAAGAUGUGUCAUUCUCAGAGAGAGACGACUCCACAAUGACCUUCAAAAAUGGCGAUAAAAGUGUACACUUCAACUUGUACUCCUUCCCUCAGUCUGAAAAGGGUAUUAAAGAAGACCAUAUGAGAGAAAUACGACAGGAUACACCUUAUGUAGGGAAGAGUUUUACAUAUUCUGAUGUAUAUGACAGUAAAUCUAGUUCAGUGGAUUCGUACUCUCCUAAUUUACCAAAAGACUGCACUGAUAAGUCUGAUGAUCGUAAGGACACCCUGAAGGAAAUGGAGAAAAAAGAUUCCAUAUAUACCUUCAUGGAAACUACAAAGAUGUCAGAUUUUGAGGAAUCUCACCUAGAAGACGUGUCAUCAUCAUGCAGUGAGACCAAAACAAGUGUGGAAUCGAACGUUGGACACAUUUUAGAUGAAAAAUCUACAGACAUAUUAACUGAUGUUAAACCAGAGGCCAAGAAAUCAUCACCAGAAAGAGAUCUAUUUUCUGUUCAGUUUGAUAAGUCUACUGUUAGUGGAAAGACAGAAGCAGGUGAUACCCCAUCAAGCCAUUAUCAAGAUGACCUUGCCACUUCCGGCUAUUUCGCUGAAAAAAGCAGCACUUCUUUGGCAGCUCAGUCUUUCAGUGAGGUGACAAGAGCAAGUGCACUAGACAUGAAGAUGUUGGCACAUGGAGAGGAUGAUGAUGAUGAUGAAGAAGAAGAUACUGAUGAAGAUGAGGAUGAUGAUGAUGAUGUUUACAGGAGACGUGUCAGUGACAAGGAUACGGAAAAAGAUGCCAAAGACGGACCAGCGAAAGAAUUAAGCCCGUUAUGUGGUGCCACCAGCAUAGUGCCACCUGAAUUCAAGGAGGAAAAGAAGGACACCUCACAGGACUAUAGUUUUGGCUCUGUCAGCUAUGACACGCCCCCAAUUCCUACUCCUUUUGAACCGACAAAGAGUCAAAAAAGUGCAGAGGAACCUUUUGACAUGGGUAGAAAGGAACCAUCUUCACCACUGGCUGGCAGCCACAUGACAGAAUAUUCUGGUUAUGAAUAUUCUUAUGGUGAGGUGAAAAAGUCUGUCCCAUCCAGUCAUUUAGUCAACAAAGACGAUAGCUAUGGUCAGUCUUUCUUACCUCUGUCCACAAAACCAAAUGAAGACAAAUAUUACCAUGGUGACAAAGACCUUGAUUUUGAAAAGGAAAAAACACCAGAUAUUUUAGCAAAAAAACCUGGAGAUUCUGUUUCACCAGGCUUCAGUUAUACAACUACAUCAGCCACAGCAUACUCCUCCUCUUCCUCCUACAGUCACUCCUCCUCUGCCUCUGCCUCUCUCUCCACUAGUCGGCAGUUUGGAGAUGAGCUAGAAACUCCUGCCAGUGUUGGAUAUGAGUAUUCACCCUUUAAAGAUGAGCACUCACCUGUAAUAGAUUCACCAUUCUCCAGUUCUGGUGGGCUGGUUAAAGAUGAGUAUUUGGAAGUGUCAGAGAAGAUGACUCCUGCCACCACCACAGCUGAGUCCACAUCCAGCCUAGCAAGGUUUUCACCUCUAUCACCUUUUGAGGAGAUCAAGCCCUUACCUUCUCAUCCACUUUCCUCUAGAGCAGAUAAAAGAGAAGAACUUGCCAGCUCUGCAAGUAGUGCUUUGGACAAGGGCCCCCAGAGUGCAUGCUUUUACAAGCCAGAAUGGGAGGCACAUACAGGUUUGCAGGCUGAAUAUGGUGCUACUGGACCUUACAAUCCCCCUUGUGAGUCUGCUGAGAAAGACACUAUGAAAAAAGAUACGUUUGGUGCUUCCUCAACACCUUGUGCUGAUUUACUCGAGAAACAAUAUUACGAAGACACUGAGAGUAGUGAAGAGGAGGAAGAUUAUAUUUGUGAGUCUGAACAGGACAAACUGCACUACCAGAGAUCUCCAUUUACAGCUGAAGCAGACAAGAAAGAUGAUCCUUUUUCUGUGACUGAAAAACUGUCUUCUGCCAGUAAGGUAGGCGCAUUACCAGAUGUGCUAACAUACACUUCUUCAAUACCACAGACUACAAAACCAGAUACUGCAAAUGGUCCUGCAGAGGUCACCAUGGCAGCACCAGAAGCCUUUGCUGACACCAGCAAGGUUACAUCCAGCCUAUCAAAACCUGAAGUGAAAAGUGAGCAAUUUGAAGCCUGCAAAAUAAGGAACCCAUUUGAAUGGGAGCUGCAGCAGCAAAGAGGUAUCUACCCAGGAGAAUCACCACCUCAUUAUCGUCAUGAGGAUGAGUAUGAUGAAGAAGAGGAAAGGGAGCCUGAGCAUCCACCUCGUCCUCUUUCCCUUUCAUCUGCAGAUCAGUCUUUCCCAUCCUCCUACCAUAAAGAAGAUCCAAGCAGGCAUGUUGACUUAGAUCAUCCUUCCGAUACAUAUAUGGGUGCCGGCUCCUUCUCCUCUUCCCCAGGUUACUCUUCCUCUGAGUUCAAACAGAGAAAGGGAGACACUUCCCCAUCAUUUAUCAACCCAAGCAUUUGCCAGCUGUCAAGUGAUGAGGAAGAUGAGGAACAAAGAAGCCAGGAUGUAGAUCAGCAGCAGCCAACAGGCAAGAAACGAUCCCACAACCAGCCGCAGCAUGGUUCCUACAAAGAGGACAGUGAAUCACAGCGCCUCUCUGGAGCCAUGGCUGCAGGCACAGGCCUAGCUGGAGAGGACACACCUCCAACCUCUGUCAGUGAAUCUCUGCCCUCACAAACAGAUUCUGAUGUUCCACCAGGAACAGAGGAGUGUCCUUCCAUCACAGCAGAAGCAAAUGCAGAAUCUGAUGAGGAUGGGGAUUAUCUCCCUGUAGACAAAUCGUCUGGAGCCUAUGGUGGAAAGCACUUCUCAUCCCGGUCAGAGAAAAGUCAUGAUCCACUGCCCACACCGAUUAUGGAUCCAGCCCCUUACCCACCUCGUCCUGAUGUCUGCAUGGUAGACCCAGAUGCUCUCUCCAGCCUUACUGACAAACCUUUAAAGAAAGACCCAAAAACAAAGAGCCUUCGCAAAUCAAGUAAGUCAAGGUCACCGGCCAAGAAAGCUGAUGCCAUUCGUAAGAGUUCUCCCUCAAAGGAUUCCUCUCCUCGUACCACCUCUCUGAAGAAGAAAGACUUAGAGGAUGAUCUGUCCAAGUCAAGUCACAACAUGGGCAAGGGCCUUGUCAAUGGAAUUAAAACUAUUUCAGGAUCAAACACUGCAAAAUCUAGUUCUGCCUCACCCUCUGGUUCUCCAAUCUUUGUGGACUUGGCCUACAUUCCCAAUCACUGCAGUGCUAAAAAUGUCGACCAGGAGUUCUUCAAACGUGUUCGCUCUGCCUAUUAUGUAGUGAGUGGGAAUGACUCCAGUAGUGGAGAGCCUAGCCGUGUUGUCCUGGAUGCACUGCUGGAGGGAAAAGCACAGUGGGGAUCUAAUCUACAGGUGACAUUGAUCCCUACCCAUGACACAGAAGUGAUGAGGGAAUGGUACCAACAGACCCAUGAGAAGCAACAGGAGCUGAAUAUCAUGGUGCUGGCCAGCAGCAGCACAGUUGUGAUGCAGGAUGAAUCAUUCCCUGCUUGUAAGAUUGAGUUCUAAGUCUGGCAUGGCUCCCAGGUUCACACUUUUACACUUAUAUGAUCCUUUCUCGCCUUAUUUGUCAUUUCUUCAGUGUAACAAACUCCCUUUGAUAACAUUGUGCAUAGUCACUCAGUAGUCCCUAUCUCUCCAAAAACGGUUAUGGCUCUUACAAUAUUCGCUAACCUGAACGAGCAUGGUAUUAUCCAGAAAGACUUGAGGAGGAUGUGCCUUUAACGUUUGGAUUUUCAGUUUACUGUUUCCCUUUAAUGAAGAAAGAAAUACAUACGAUCUUUUCUGUUGGUCAUUGUUUUUCAUUUUUAUUAAUAUAAUUUCUAUUAGGACAUUGUGUUGUUGAAUGAUGCAGUUACAAUAAGGUUAAAAACCAUCCUUAGAUCAGUUUUGUUUAUAAAGGCACAUGUAUGUCAUUUAGAGCUCAUUUUGGAGUUUCUCCCAUUGUUACUUUACUGUUAAUUUAUUCUCAUAUCAUUUAUGCAUGUAUCAUUCUUCUGCACGCAACUUCUGACCUACAUAUAUGCUCUCUGUUCUCUCGCUCAUACACAUACUACACAGGAAAUCAUGUAUUCAUCAUGUACUCUAUUCUUCAGAAGCUAAUGACAUGCUGGCAUCCAUACUUACAGUUUGCAGAAUAUUUAACAGUUAAUCCAGAUAAUGUUUAUUCUGUUGUCAUGGUCAGAAGUACAAAAUAAGUAAGUGUUUUCUAACUAAUAGCACCGCAAUGCACCCGCAUAUUACAGUGUAAAGACCGUUAAAAUGUAAACAUGUUUAAUGUGUCUGCCUCUAUACCUUUAAUCAGAUCGAGAGGACAAACCAUGAUGGAAUUACACGAUAUGAGACAAGACUGAGCUGAUGUUGUUCUCUUAAUGUAAAAGUGAAGAAAUAGGAUUAGGCGUAGGAUAAGUCAAUGUUUACUGAUGAACAUUCAUUUGUGCUCUAUGCGCUGUAUGCUGUCAGAGUUGAUCAUAAUUUAUAAUAGCUUUUAUUUAGAUUUAACAAAAAAGACCUGUCAUUGUUAUUACAUUUCCCAGUUGCAGAUUGAUCUCAUGAAAUGUAUCAGCACUUUAUAAUAAUUUAUUUUAUUUUACUUUGUUUAAUGCUUUGUAAAUAUAGAAAAGCUGACAGAGGUGGGAAAAGAAUGAGUCUAAGCCAAAGGAACUUGCAAUAGAAAUAGAUAGUGAAUGUUGAAUUUUAGGGGCGUUGUAGUCUAUGGUAUGCUGCAGAGGGUGUGGAUGGAAUAAACUUGGAUAAGGUUACAUGUUUGCUGCACAAGUGUGGGUGGAAUUAAUGACUGUGAAUAACUGGCAUCUUUUCCCAGGACUUAAUAUUGGUCCAGGUUUGCAUUUAGUUAUAGGAUAUUAAUAAGCACAUUCUGGCCUCUGCUAGGGAUAAAAUGAUUUUGGUUAUUAGAAUAAUGAUUUGUUUAUACAUAUCUUCAUUAUUGAGCCAAAAUGUUUAACCUUAUAUAAUGUUUCCCCUACAUUACACUUCAGCCAUUUUGGUUAUUUAAGUAUUUUAAAAUCUGGAACAGAAAACGUUUAGGCUUUUAGAGAGGUGUUUUAAGUUAAAAAAUAUAGCUUCAGGUUGAGUGGAAAAAGAGGAGUCCCUUUCUGAGAUAAAAUUAACAAUAAAAAAAUUACAGACUAUGAAACGUUUGCAUGUGUAAAAAUGAGAGUCAACAGACGAGAUAAAAAUAGCGGAUGAACAUGUUUUGAAGAUAUAUGUUAAAGUUCUGUCUCAAACAGUUAAAAUAAAUGGGAUUCAAUUCAACAUAUCACCAUUUUCACUCAUUAUACACAUUAAAUGGACAAAUAAUUUUUCUUGUAAGUUGUCACUAAUCAGUGAGCCUGGUUAAUUUGCAAGAGCCAAAUAUGCUUUUUUUUUUUUUUUUUUUUUGGAAUAGACAAAUUAUUGGUUUAUUGCUGGAUAGUACGGUGGAGUGUUGCCAGUUGUUUUCUGAAAAUGUCUCUGGAUUAUCACUUUAAUGUUUACAACAAAUUGUAACUUUUUAGCUGCUGGUUAUAAGUGCUAAGCGGACGCUUCUUCGCUAACAGAAUAUCAACAUGGAUUUAAACUAAUUGGUUCAAUGUACAAGGACAAUAAAUGCUAAGCAAACAAAAUGAUAUCGUGUACCUGACUGCCAGAUCAUGUGACCAGAUCACUGAUCAUAUUUUAUAUUCAAGGUUUCCAAGUGAAUUGUCCAUUUUUUCGCGAGUAAAUGAACAACUUAAUGAAAAAAAAAAGAUACACAAAAGAGAACUCAUCAAUGUGCUGUGUAAAAACCUCUUUUAGUUGCAUUUUUAAUGAUCCACAUCUUGACAGUAACAGAUCAUUAAAAUCCUGCCUUCCAUUCAGCCUGGCUAGUUUCUGCAUGUGAUCUUAAAUUUGAAAGUGUAUGUUCUAGUUAAUAAUGAUAUUAAAUACAGUACUAUUUUAAAGAUAUAUAUUUAAAUGCUAAAUGUCUCAAUGGUCUCAAUGGCACAUAUAACUCAGCCGCGCUCUCAUUUAGCUCUGUGCGGUGCUUAAGAACAUACUGUGUGCUUUUUUUAUUUGUCUUCUUUUCAAAGUUACUUUUGCUCUGUUUCUCUUUUGGUCUUUUAUUUUAUGUGCAAUAUUCUGUAUCUUUCUUUGAAGUUUCUCUAAAUGUAGAAUAUCUACAGAUUUGUUGUAAAAGGGUAAACCUGGUGAUCACCAAUAAAAUACAGUCGUUGAAACGUU